AUGAAGCACAUCAAUUUGUCCUUUGCCACCUGUGGAUUCCUGGGCAUCUACCACUUGGGGGCAGUGUCUGCCCUUUGCAAGCACGGCAGCAAGCUGCUGAAGGACAUGAAGGCCUUCGCGUGCGCCUCUGCGGGCUCCUUGGUGUCCACGGUCCUGCUGACAGCACCGCAGAAAUUAGAGGAAUGUAAAGCGUUCAUCUACACGUUUGCUGAAGAAAUCCGCGGGCAGUCCUUCGGGGCUGUGAAGCCCAGCUACGACUUCGUGGCCCGACUCAGGUGUGGGAUGGAGUCCAUCCUCCCCGCCAAAGCCCACCAGCUGGCCCACCGCCGACUGCACUUGUCCAUCACCAACACCAGGACCAGGCAAAACUACUUGGUGUCCAGCUUCAGCUCCCGGGAGGACCUCAUCAAGGUGCUGCUGGCUAGCAGCUUUGUGCCCAUCUACACUGGGCUGACACUGGUUAAGUACAAAGGGCAGAGCUGUGGCUGGCUGAAGCCUGAGCCCGUGUCCCCCAAGAAAUUGGGUGCUGGGAGUAACUCCCAUGCAGCAGCCAACAAGGAGACGUAG